GGCCGGGCCGGGGGCUGAGGACGGCCGGCAUGGCCUGACUGCCGGAGGCGCGGCGCAGCUGCGGGUCGGCAACAUGGGGAACCAGGAUGGGAAGCUGAAGAGGAGCGCAGGUGAUGGCUCGUACGAAGGCGGCGGUGGCGCCGAGGAUGCUGUUGGGCCCAGAGAUGUGGAAGCCACAAAGAAGGGAAGCGGGGGCAAGAAGGCGCUGGGCAAACAUGGCAAAGGGGGAGGGGGCGGCAGCGGGGAGCCCGGCAAGAAGAAGAGCAAGUCGGACUCCAGAGCCUCGGUGUUUUCCAACCUGCGAAUCAGGAAGAACCUGUCCAAGGCGAAAGGCGCCGGCGGCUCCCGCGAGGAUGUGCUGGACUCCCAGGCCCUGCAGACCGGGGAGCUGGACAGCGCUCACUCCCUGGCCACCAAAACCCCGGACCUCAGCCUCUCGGCUGAUGAAACGGGCCUGUCGGAUACCGAGUGCGCAGACCCUUUUGAGGUGACCCGUCCAGGUGGUCCUGGGCCGGCCGAGGCUGGGGUCGGGCUCCGGGCGGUCACUGAGGAUUUGGAAACUGCGGCAGGGGCGCAGGAUGGACAAAGGACCAGUUCGGGCUCGGACACGGACAUCUAUAGCUUUCACUCGGCUACCGAGCAAGAGGAUUUGCUCUCAGACAUCCAGCUGGCGAUUCGCCUGCAGCAACAGCAGCAGCAGCAGCUCCUCCAAGGCUCCGAGGAGCCUGCAGCGCCCCCCACCGCCGCCCCCCUUCAGCCCGGGGCCUUUCUGGGCCUGGACCGAUUCCUGCUGGGGCCGAGCGGCGAGGCUGGGGAGGCCCCGGGCAGUCCGGACACAGAGCAGGCUCUGUCCGCGCUCUCCGACCUGCCCGAGAGCCUGGCCGCGGAGCCCCGUGUGCCCGAGCACCCGCCGCCCCCCAGCGGCUGCCUCGACUCGGAGGCCCCCUCCCUCCCGGCGGCCCAGCAGGCGGCCGCGGACUCGCCCUCGUCCACUGCCUUCCCGUUUCCCGAGACCCGGCCGGGGGAGGGCGCGGCCGAAGCCCCGGUGCUGGGGGCCGGGGACACGGAUGAGGAAGGGGAGGAGGAUGCCUUUGAGGAUGCCCCCCGAGGCUCUCCGGGGGAGGACUGGGGCCAGGGGCCCGGGGAGGCCCCGCAGAGGCUGGGAGGAGAGCCCGAGGAGGAGGCGGCAGGGCCCGGAGCGCCCGCGGCUGCCUCCCUCCCGGGCAGCCCCUCGCCGAGCCCGCGCUGCUUCAAGCCCUACCCGCUCAUCACCCCCUGCUACAUCAAGACCACCACCCGGCAGCUCAGCUCGCCCAAUCACUCUCCGUCGCAGUCCCCCAACCAGAGCCCCAGGAUCAAGAGGCGGCUGGAGUCCUCCCUGAGCCGAAAGCCUACAUCGGCUCUCGUCUCCGCGGCCGCCCCGGCCAAGAAGCACCGGGCCGACGGCGGCCUCGGGGGCGGCCUCAGCCGCUCGGCCGACUGGACGGAGGAGCUGGGCGCCCGCGAGCCCAGGGUGGGAGGCUCUGCGGACCUGCUGGAGCGCCGGGCGGCCGCCGACGACGUCAGCCGGGUUUCCCCCGCGGUGGCCGGCAAGUCGGCUGGGGCGCAGGCGGCCGCGGAUGGCUUCCAGAACGUGUUCACAGGGCGAACUCUGCUGGAGAAGUUGUUCAGCCAGCAGGAGAACGCGCCUCCAGAAGAAGCAGAGAAGUUUUGCUCCCGGAUCAUUGCCAUGGGCCUUUUGCUUCCUUUUAGUGACUGCUUCAGGGAACCGUGUAAUCAGAAUGCCCAGUCAAGUUCAACUCCGUUUGAUCAAGAUCAACUUUACACCUGGGCUGCAGUUAGUCAACCUACACACUCACUGGAUUACGCAGAAGGGCAGUUUCCCAGGAGAACCCCAUCUGUUUGGCCUCCAUCUAAACCUCCCGAUGAAGACCACAGACCCAAGGAUGCUGAAACAGAAUCUCAACCUGCUGUUUUGGAACCUCCAGAAACAUGUUCAGAUGCUGCCCAGCAGGAUGUUUUUGACAUGAAGUCUGAGGGCCAGGCAACUGUGAUUCAGCAGCUGGAACAGACCAUUGAGGAUCUGAGGACCAAAAUUGCUGAACUAGAGAAGCAGUACCCUGCUGUGGACAUGGAGAUGGACGCAGGCCGUCACGGGGUUGGGAAUGGUGUGACGCCUGCAGAAGACGUCUGCCUCGAAGCUCUCAGGUUAAGAGAAAAGGAUGCACGGCAUCAAAGGAUUUUAGAGGCGAAAUCAAUACAGACGUCUCCGACAGGGGAGGGCGGGCUGCCAGCAGUCACUUCUGUGGGUACGCUGCCAGAAUGUCUUCCGAGCCCAGUGGGGGCUGAGAGUGCAGAGUCAGCCCUGCCAUCCUCAGCUUCAGGACCUCAGACAACAUUCUGCUCAGAGAUUUCCUUGAUUGUGUCUCCGAGGCUAAUAGCAGUGCAGCUCGACACACCUCAGUCCAUGCCGAGUGUAUCACAACCUCCAUCACCUCCAUCCCAUCCGUGGGCUGAUGCUCAAGGACAGCCGGGGUCACAGCCUUCCCAUCCAUCUCUUAGUACUGAGCUUGAAACCAGCCAUGAACACUCUGUCUUCUCGUCCUCUGAAGACAGCUGUAGCAUCCCACCUCCACCACCUCUGCCUUGCACAGAGCCCUCCAGCUCCAUGCCUGGCCUGGGCUUGGCUGUUCCCCCACCUCCCCCGCUCCCUGGCAUGGAAGUGUCCUCGCUGCCCAGUACAGCAAUCCCUACACAUCCUCUGCCGGGCACAGAAAUGCUGCCACCCUCUCCCCCACCUUUGCCUAGUGAGAGAAUACCUCCUUCUCCACCUCUGCCAGGUGUCCAGCUUGCACCUCCUGCCUUUCCCACACCUCUCAUUCCUCCCUUCCCGGGUAUAGGGAUACCUCCUCCCCCUCCUCUACCUGGUGUGGGCAUACCCCCUCCCCCUCCUCUGCCCGGUGUGGGCAUACCCUCUCCCCCUCCUCUGCCUGGGGUGAGCAUACCGCCUCCCCCUCCUCUGCCUGGUAUGGGCAUACCCCCUCCCCCACCUCUGCCUGGUAUGGGCAUACCCCCUGCCCCACCUCUGCCUGGUAUGGGCAUACCCCCUCCCCCACCUCUGCCUGGUGUGGGCAUACCCCCUCCCCCACCUCUGCCUGGUGUGGGCAUACCCCCUGCCCCACCUCUGCCUGGUGUGGGCAUACCCCCUGCCCCACCUCUGCCUGGUGUGGGUAUACCCCCUCCCCCUCCUCUCCCUGGUGUGGGCAUACCCCCUGCCCCACCUCUGCCUGGUGUGGGUGUACCCCCUCCCCCACCUCUCCCUGGUGUGGGUGUACCCCCUCCCCCUCCUCUCCCUGGUGUGGGCGUACCCCCUCCCCCUCCUCUCCCUGGUGUGGGCGUACCCCCUCCCCCACCUCUGCCUGGUGUGAGCGUACCCCCUCCCCCACCUCUCCCUGGUGUGGGCGUACCCCCUCCUCCUCCUCUCCCUGGUAUGGGCAUACCCCCUCCUCCUCCUCUUCCUGGUGUGGGCAUACCCCCUCCGCCACCUCUGCCUGGAGGUGGGAUUACCCCACCCCCACCACCUCCUCCUCCUCUGUCUGGUGCUGGGAUUCCCCCACCUCCUCCUUUACCUGGUGUGGGAAUUCCACCUGCUCCAGCUCCCCCUCUGCCUGGGACAGGAGUCCCUCCACCCCUAGCACCACCUCUGCCUCCUGGAUCAGGCCCUCCACUCCCACUGGAAGCAGGGAGCAGCACUUUACCAACACCCCAAGUGUGUGGAUUUCUUCCUCCUCCGUUGCCAGCUGGCUUAUUUGGAUUGGGGAUGAGUCAGGACAAAGGGAGUAGAAAGCAGCCAAUAGAGCCCUGUCGGCCCAUGAAGCCUCUUUACUGGACAAGAAUCCAACUGCAUAGUAAAAGAGACUCCAGUCCUUCACUUAUUUGGGAAAAAAUUGAAGAGCCAUCCAUAGAUUGUCAUGAAUUUGAGGAAUUAUUUUCUAAAACUGCUGUAAAGGAGAGAAAGAAACCUAUUUCUGACACCAUCACAAAGACCAAGGCUAAACAAGUUGUCAAGUUAUUAAGCAACAAAAGAUCGCAAGCAGUUGGAAUAUUAAUGUCUAGUCUUCAUUUAGAUAUGAAAGACAUACAGCAUGCUGUUGUGAACUUGGACAAUUCUGUGGUUGACCUGGAGACCCUUCAAGCUCUCUAUGAGAAUAGAGCGCAGUCAGACGAGCUGGAAAAGAUUGAAAAGCACGGCCGAUCAUCCAAAGACAAGGAAAACACCAAGUCUCUGGACAAACCUGAACAGUUCCUUUAUGAACUGUCACUAAUCCCCAACUUUUCAGAGCGAGUCUUUUGCAUCCUGUUCCAGUCAACAUUUUCAGAAAGCAUUUGCUCCAUUCGUCGCAAACUGGAAUUACUACAGAAAUUGUGUGAGACAUUAAAAAAUGGCCCAGGGGUUAUGCAGGUUCUGGGUUUGGUUCUUGCCUUUGGCAACUACAUGAACGGUGGAAAUAAGACGCGGGGACAGGCAGAUGGUUUUGGAUUAGACAUUCUUCCAAAGCUUAAAGAUGUCAAAAGCAGUGACAAUAGCAGAAGCCUUUUGUCAUAUAUUGUUUCAUAUUAUCUUCGAAAUUUUGAUGAGGAUGCUGGAAAAGAACAGUGUGUCUUUCCACUGCCAGAGCCCCAGGACCUUUUCCAGGCCUCACAGAUGAAGUUUGAAGAUUUUCAGAAAGAUCUCAGAAAAUUAAAGAAAGACUUAAAAGCCUGUGAGGUUGAAGCGGGCAAAGUGUACCAGGUAUCCUCACAAGAUCAUAUCCAGCCUUUCAAAGAAAACAUGGAACAAUUUAUAAUUCAAGCUAAAAUUGACCAAGAGUUAGAGGAGAAUUCACUGACAGAGACUCAUAAAUGCUUUUUGGAGACUACAGCCUAUUUCUUCAUGAAACCAAAGCUUGGCGAGAAGGAGGUGUCCCCAAAUGUUUUCUUCAGUAUCUGGCAUGAAUUCAGCUCUGAUUUUAAAGACUUUUGGAAGAAAGAGAACAAACUUAUUCUACAAGAGAGAGUAAAAGAAGCUGAAGAAGUGUGUAGGCAGAAAAAGGGAAAAUCGCUUUAUAAAAUAAAGCCAAGACAUGACUCUGGAAUUAAAGCAAAGAUAAGCAUGAAAACCUGAGCAAUGAAAACCAGUCAUUUAACCACUUCCACAAAAUUCAGCUGACCUGAGGGCGGAAAGGAAAUGACAUCGUUCAAUUCAUUCUUCUUCUUGACCUCUUGCAUAAUCUUUGCGUUUUCUAGACAGUUCACUGAUUGUUGAAUUUUACUGUACAUUCAUGUAAAAUGCAAAAGCAGUAGACCAGUGGAGAGUUUUGACAUUUUUUCUUUUUGUAAAAGUUUAUGGCAUUACACCGAUAGACCAAAACAGCAAGUGUAAGAGGCAGUAUCUGCAUUAAUUCUGAACAUGCUACACAGUAAACUAAAAUAUACUUCGGUGAGAAUAUUCCUUGUCACAGCAAAAUACUUUCCUUUCUACUGACAACCAGUACUCCACAUCACUGCAUUUAGACUUAGGAGUAAAAUGCUCUUUCUGGUGAAUUGUUUGUAUCGGUUUCAUGUCUACAUGUAAGUUUUCUAUUUUAAAAUUUAAGUACCAUUUCUAUAACAUAAUCAACACUUUCCCAACUCUUUGGUUGUUCCCCAUAACUAAAUAUUUUUGAAAUAAGAUUAUCAUAGUUUCUUUUACUCGAGUCUGAUAAUUAAUAGAAAAAAAGCAUAGCAGAAGGAAAACCCCUUUCUAGUAAAUUAUUUAAUACAGACAAGAAUCAGAGUUUCAAGUUUAAUGAGGUUGCUUAUCAGAAUAUGCCCCUUUCGACCCUAUAAAGAGCUGAUCUGCAGCAGAAGUAAAUUACAGGUGUGCCUUUCUGUAACUUUUACCAUUACCCUUCACAAAGAAAAUGUGUCCCAAUAUUUUGAAGGAAUUUAAAUAAAUUUAGGCUCAUAAAAUUUACAAACAUCACUUGUUGGCAAAAAAAAUUAUAAUAAUAAUAAAGUUUUUUGAUGAAUGGACAUAUAUAUAGAAUGUGUUAAUUAAAUAUAGCUGCCUGAGUAUUUUGAAGUGGUUGGGGUUGGACAGAGGGAGAACAGGAAAUGCCCUGGCUCUUUAUGUGUUAUGGCAGGUGACUAAAGCUGUGAAAUGAAGAUGUAAUGACUUACUAUCUGAAAGAACCUAGGAAAGGAUUUUAUUUUGUUUUACUUUAAACAAGAAAAAAAAAAAAACUCCCACUCUUUCUGAGAGUACUUUGACGCAUUGUGGUGGUUUUGUCACUCAUUAAUAGAUUUUUUAAAAUUCCUUUUAAUGAUAUUUGUUGGGAGUUAUGGUUGUGGAUAAAGGGAGAAAUUAUGGCUUUUGUGAACCAACUUUGGAAAGCAGCUUAAAAAGAAAAACAAUGUUCUGAGUCAUAACCAUGUUUAUAUUUAUGUAAAGUAUGGUCGCCUACAUUUUAGUUUGUUGUUUAAGUGCAAAGAAACAGUAGUGGGUUCUUUAGUUGUUUUGUAGUCUUCCUGUCCCCUUCAGUCCCUCCACUGUGUACAUUACCAUUCUUUGAUGAAAUAAUAGAGCAUUUAACAAAGAUCGCUAUGUGCAAUACUGUAUUUAGUGUUUCUAUUUCAAUUUUUCUAGAAUGUUAAUUUAUA